AAGAGGAAAAAAAAAAAAAAAAAAAACAAGAAAGAAACAAAUUGACCAUUGUUCGGCUUUCGGAAUGCCCCGUUUGACUUGAACAACUGAGCAAGCUUCCGCUGUUUAACUUUGGUGUGUCGUCGUCUGAGUCCGUCGACGGGAGCUGAAGGCCGGUGCUGCAUCGGUAAACCUAACGGAAUGAUGGGACGUCUCUUUGGAACCACCAUUUCUCUUCACUAGACCCUCCAAUUAUAUAGAUCUGCUUUCUAAGACCAGAGGAAUUGCCCUAGCUGUGUUAGCUGCACAAGCAUCGAGCUCCUUUUCCAGGCAAUGGAGAGUUCUUCGUCAAAUGGAUAUAGGUUUCGGAGAAUUCCACGCCAGACCUUUGCGUCUGUUCUGAAUUUAGACCCGCUGCUUGAUGAAAAGUUGGAGCAGUGGCCCCAUUUAAAUGAACUUGUUCAAUGCUAUAGAACUGAUUGGGUAAAAGAUGAUAGCAAGUAUGGUCAUUAUGAGAGCAUUGGCCCUGCUUCAUUUCAGAGUCAGAUAUUUGAAGGUCCUGAUACAGAUAUUGAAACAGAGAUGCAUCUUGGCAAUGCAAGGCAAACUAAGAUUGAUGAUUCUUUUGAGGGAGAAAACCCAAGUACAUCAGGGGCACAGUUGACUGAGGCUAGCUUGUCUGAUUUAUCAAAUGCCAAAGUCUCUAAGCAUUUUGGUGAAUCUCCUUUGCCCGCUUAUGAACCAGUUUUUGACUGGGAAAAUGAAAGGUCAAUGAUUUUUGGGCAGAGGAUUCCAGAAGCUCAUAUGUCCCAAUACACUAGUGGACUAAAGAUUGCUGUCAGGGUUCUAUCCUUGUCCUUCCAAGCAGGAUUAGCUGAGCCGUUUUAUGGGACAAUUUGUUUAUAUAAUAGGGAGAGAAGAGAAAAACUUUCCGAAGAUUUUCUUUUCCGAAUAUUGCCAGCUGAAAUGCAGGAUGCAAGCACUUCUUAUGAACGGCGUGCUGUUUUUCAUCUAGAUGCCCCAUCAGCAUCAGUUUGUCUGUUAAUCCAACUGGAAAAACCUGCCACUGAAGAAGGCGGGGUGACCCCCUCUGUAUAUUCACGAAAAGAAUCAGUUCAUCUGACUGAGAGAGAGAAACAGAAAUUACAAGUAUGGUCUCGCAUCAUGCCUUACAGAGAGUCUUUUGCCUGGGCCAUCAUCCCACUAUUUGAUAGUGGGCUUAAUGCUGCUGCUGCUGGGUCUAAUUCCCCUAGCAGUCCCCUUUCAACAAGCAUUUCAGGUUCUAGUUAUCAAGAGGGUGCUGUGGAGCCAAUCGCUAAGAUCACAUCGGAUGGAAAGCUUGGAUAUUCAAGUGGAAACUCUAUUGUUGUUGAAGUGUCUAAUUUAAAUAAAGUUAAAGAAGGCUACACAGAGGACUCACUGCAGGAUCCUAAGCGAAAGGUUCACAAACCAGUUAAAGGUGUGCUGAAACUGGAAAUUGAAAAACUGCAAACUAAUUCUGUUGAUUUUGAACACAUGGAAAGUGGGAGUGUGGUCUUUGAUUCUGUUGAAAAUGGACCUCUAAAUGCCUUUUCUAAGUCAAAUUCCUUCGAGAGGAAGGAGCUAACUAGAAAUGGAUCAGUUGGCAAUGAAAAUCCAGAUGUUGCCUCUGCUGAUUUUGAAGCUUUUGACUUUCGCACUACAACAAGGAAUGAACCGUUCUUGCAGCUUUUUCACUGCCUCUAUGUCUAUCCCUUGACUGUAAGCAUGAGUAGGAAAAGGAAUAUGUUUAUACGGAUUGAACUCAAAAAGGAUGAUGCGGAUAUUUCUAAUCCACCUCUUGAGGCAAUGCAUCCUAGGGCACCAGGUGCAUCACUUCAGAAGUGGGCUCAUACACAGGUUGCUGUUGGAACUAGGGUUGCCAGCUACCAUGAUGAAAUUAAAGUUUCUCUGCCUGCUAUUUGGACACCAAUGCAUCACCUUUUGUUUACAUUUUAUCAUGUUGACCUUCAAACAAAGCUUGAAGCUCCAAAGCCAGUAGUAGUUGGAUAUGCAUCACUUCCACUAUCCACUCAUGCUCAGCUCAAAUCUGAGAUCUCCUUACCGGUUAUGAAGGAGUUAGUUCCUCAUUAUCUCCAAGACAGUGGCAAGGAGAGGUUGGAUUACAUAGAGGAUGGCAAGAGUAUUUUCAAGCUCCGCUUACGACUAUGUUCCUCUUUAUACCCUAUCAGUGAACGAAUUAGGGAUCUUUUCCUUGAAUAUGACAGACACACUCUUCGAACAAGUCCACCGUGGGGAUCUGAGCUUCUUGAGGCCAUUAACAGUUUGAAGAAUGUUGAUUCUACAGCUUUGCUUCAAUUUCUGUAUCCAAUUUUAAAUAUGCUUCUUCAUCUCAUAAGCAAUGGUGGAGAAACCCUUCAGGUUGCAGCCUUCAGAGCCAUGGUUAACAUUUUAACAAGGGUACAGCAAGAGUCAGUUGAUGAAGCUGAAAGAAAUGUUUUCCUAGUGAACUACGUAGACUAUGCUUUUGACGAUUUUGAUGAUCGCCAACCACCAGUUUAUCCUGGUUUGUCAACAGUCUGGGGAAGUUUGGCUCGGAGUAAGGCAAAAGGCUAUCGUGUUGGACCUGUAUAUGAUGAUGUCUUGGCAAUGGCUUGGUUUUUUCUGGAGUUAAUUGUCAAGUCAAUGGCUUUGGAGCAGGCUCGAUUAUUCUAUCACAAUAUUCCAUCAGGUGAAGAUGUGCCCCCAAUGCAACUGAAAGAAGGCGUUUUUAGGUGUAUUGUACAAUUAUAUGAUUGCCUUUUAACGGAAGUUCAUGAGCGUUGCAAGAAAGGUCUAAGCUUAGCCAAACAGUUAAACAGCAGCCUGGCUUUCUUUUGUUAUGAUCUUUUGUCAAUCAUUGAGCCUCGCCAAGUUUUUGAACUGGUGUCCUUGUACCUUGAUAAGUUCUCUGGGGUGUGUCAAUCAGUGCUGCAUGAUUGCAAGCUAACAUUUCUCCAGAUAUUAUGCGAUCAUGAUCUCUUUGUGGAAAUGCCUGGACGGGAUCCUUCAGAUAGGAAUUACCUAUCAUCUAUCUUGAUUCAAGAGAUUUUCCUUACUUGGGAUCAUGAAGACUUAUCAAUGCGGGCAAAAGCAGCUAGAAUUUUAGUGGUCCUAAUGUGUAAGCAUGAGUUUGAUGUCCGCUACCAAAAGCCAGAAGAUAAGCUAUACAUCGCCCAGCUAUAUUUUCCACUUGUUGGCCAGGUUCUAGAUGAGAUGCCUGUAUUCUACAAUCUGGCCGCAAUUGAAAAGCGUGAAGUCCUUGUCAUUUUUCUGCAGAUAGUACGCAACUUGGAUGACUCAUCACUUGUUAAAGCUUGGCAGCAAAGUAUUGCUCGUACCAGAUUGUUUUUCAAACUCUUGGAAGAAUGCCUUAUGCAUUUUGAGCAUAGAAAACCCACUGAUGGGAUACUUGUGGCCAGUAGCUCUCGUAGUGUGGCGGGGGAAGGUCCUGCAUCACCAAAGUAUUCUGAUAGACUUUCACCUGCAAUAAACCAGUACCUGUCUGACGCCGCACGACAAGAAGUCAGACAGCAGGGAACACCUGAGAAUGGUUAUUUGUGGCAAAGGGUUAAUUCACAGCUAAGUUCACCUAGUCAGCCAUAUUCUUUAAGAGAAGCACUUGCACAAGCCCAGUCCUCUCGAAUUGGGGCUUCAGCACAAGCAUUAAGGGAAUCUUUGCACCCAAUAUUAAGGCAAAAACUGGAACUUUGGGAGGAGAAUGUAAGUGCAGCUGUCAGCCUACAAGUGUUGGAAGUCACUGACAAAUUUUCAAGGACUGCUGCUUCUCAUAGCAUUGCUACUGAUUAUGGAAAACUUGAUUGUAUCACAUCCAUAUUUAUGAAUGUCUUCUCACGCAAUCAACCACUCUCUUUCUGGAAAGCUCUCUUUCCAGUGUUCAACAGUGUUUUUGAACUCCAUGGGGCUACCCUCAUGGCAAGGGAAAAUGACCGCUUCUUGAAGCAAAUUGCUUUCCAUCUACUACGGCUUGCUGUUUUCCGAAAUGACAAUAUUAGGAAAAGGGCUGUUGUUGGGCUUCAGAUACUUAUUCGUAGCUCCUUCUCUUGCUUUACACAAACAGCAAGAUUGAGAGUCAUGUUAACUAUCACAUUGUCAGAGUUGAUGUCUGAAGUCCAAGUAACACAGAUGAAGUCAGAUGGAACGCUUGAAGAGAGCGGAGAGGCCCGUCGGCUUCGAAAAUCACUAGAAGAGAUGGCUGAUGAAUCUAAGAGCCUCAGUUUAUUAGUGGAGUGUGGGCUUCCAGAAAAUGCACUUGUUGCUUCUCCAGAAGGAUUAGGAGAAAGCCGGUGGUCCUGGUUGGAAGUGAAAAAUCUUUCUGACAGUCUUCUAAUGGCUCUUGAUGCUAGCCUGGAACAUGCCCUUAUGGCAUCUGUAAUGAAUGUAGACAGAUAUGCAGCUGCUGAGAGUUUUUACAAACUAGCAAUGGCGUUUGCACCUGUGCCAGAUCUUCACAUAAUGUGGUUACUGCAUUUAUGUGAUGCACAUCAGGAGAUGCAGUCUUGGGCUGAAGCUGCACAAUGUGCUGUUGCUGUUGCAGGUGUUGUGAUGCAGGCCCUUGUGAGUAGGAAUGAUGGUGUGUGGAGCAAGGAUCAUGUGAGCGCAUUACGCAAAAUCUGCCCCAUGGUUAGCAAUGAGAUCAGUUCUGAGGCCUCAGCUGCUGAAGUAGAAGGAUAUGGUGCUUCAAAACUAACUGUGGAUUCUGCUGUCAAAUAUCUGCAGCUUGCAAAUAAGCUUUUUUCUCAAGCUGAGCUCUACCAUUUCUGUGCAAGCAUUCUAGAACUCGUAAUUCCAGUAUAUAAAAGCAGAAAGGCUUAUGGACAGCUAGCAAAGUGCCACACUAUGCUCACUAACAUCUAUGAGUCAAUCCUAGAGCAGGAGUCAAGUCCUAUACCUUUCACAGAUGCAACAUACUAUAGAGUAGGAUUUUAUGGUGAAAAAUUUGGGAAGCUGGAUAAGAAAGAAUAUGUGUAUAGAGAGCCUCGUGAUGUAAGGUUGGGUGACAUAAUGGAGAAACUUAGCCAUAUAUACGAGUCGAGAAUGGAUGGGACUACUUUGCAUAUAAUACCCGACUCUAGACAAGUUAAAGCAGAGGAGUUGCAGGCUGGAGUGUGCUACUUGCAGAUAACUGCAGUUGAUGCAGUGAUGGAAGAUGAGGAUCUUGGAAGCAGACGGGAAAGAAUAUUCUCACUUUCAACUGGAAGUGUUAGAGCUCGAGUUUUUGAUCGCUUUUUGUUUGAUACUCCAUUCACUAAAAAUGGAAAGACUCAAGGAGGGCUGGAAGAUCAGUGGAAGCGGCGCACAGUUCUGCAAACUGAGGGUUCUUUCCCUGCCCUCGUUAACCGGCUUUUGGUUAUCAAAUCAGAAUCACUUGAGUUUUCCCCAGUUGAGAAUGCAAUUGGGAUGAUUGAAACGCGGACAGCUGCAUUACGGAAUGAACUUGAAGAGCCUCGCAGUUCGGAAGGUGACCAACUUCCCCGUCUGCAGAGCUUACAGAGGAUACUCCAAGGCUCUGUUGCUGUUCAAGUGAACAGUGGAGUCCUUAGUGUUUGUACCGCAUUUCUUUCUGGGGAGCCUGCAACGAGAUUGCGCUCACAGGAGCUGCAGCAACUUAUUGCGGCUCUUCUAGAAUUCAUGGCUGUAUGCAAGCGAGCUAUACGAGUUCACUUUCGGUUGAUUGGUGAAGAAGAUCAAGAUUUUCACACACAGCUGGUCAAUGGAUUUCAGUCUCUCACUGCUGAGUUAUCUCACUAUAUUCCCGCAAUUCUUUCCGAACUCUAACUUCUUGUAGUAGUGUUGUUUUGUUUGUUUUAAGUUUUCCUAAUCCCUACCUCCCUACUUACUAGUGUGUGUGUGUGUGUUCAUAUAAUUUGUAUUGCAUUGGUUCAGCAAUCAGUCUUCUUGUACUUAUAAUUAGGGGGCACCUGUUUAUAAUUAGUUGCUUUUUGUACUCCAUUUGUUUUUUUAUUACAAGUAAUUAUUAUUCCUUCUUGAGCAA